CACAUCUUUCUUGACGUCACUUCCUCCCUCCUCUCUCGCUUCCAUCUUGCUCCCCGCAUGUGUCUGCUGUUAGUUUACAGGUCAGUGAGGAGCUUUCAAUACUUUCUUCCCCGCACUGUUUCCCCCCGAUCCGACGGAAAAAGAUGAAAGAAGCAAUUAUGAAUCAGGAAAAACUUGCAAAACUUCAAGCGCAAGUUCGCAUUGGUGGAAAGGGAAGUGCUCGCAGAAAGAAGAAGGUUGUACAUAGAACAGCGACCGCAGAUGACAAGAAGCUCCAGUUCUCCUUAAAGAAACUCGGUGUCAACAACAUUUCCGGUAUUGAAGAGGUUAACAUGUUUACAAAUCAAGGAACAGUCAUCCACUUCAACAACCCCAAAGUGCAGGCCUCCCUCGCCGCCAACACCUUCACCAUCACCGGCCACGCCGAGACCAAGCAGCUGACCGAGAUGCUGCCGGGCAUCCUGAACCAGCUGGGAGCCGACAGCCUGACGAGCCUCCGGAGACUCGCCGAGGCUCUGCCCAAACAGGCUGCAGAUGGAAAAGCGCCGAUUGCAGCAGUAGAAGAGGAAGACGAUGACGUUCCAGAUCUGGUGGAGAAUUUCGAUGAAGCAUCCAAAGAUGAGGCCAACUAGAGCAGACGGGAAGUGUCAGAACCUAACCACACCACGAGGGGCAUGACAUCAUUUUGAUUUCAAAAGACGGACCAUCUAAAAGAUGAUUUAUGUGACAACGUAACAGCAACAUGUGCAACAUCAGAGCAACCCACAUCCUCCGAAGUGAUCUUUUUAUUUUUUUGAGUAUUUUUGUAGACUAGCAGUGUUAGCGGUGUCGAGGUGUUUUUAGAACUCACUCCACACGUUUAUUUUGCCAUCAAAAACGCCAAAUGCUUGUUGUGCUCUGUGAUCUUCAUGUUAGAAUGAGAUUGUCUGUAACGGUGGUGCUCAAGCCCCUCCCCCUCUGUACUUUCUCUGUUACUGAACCUUAACUCUGUGGCCUACAUAACAACACCACCGUCUUUGGAAGAAACCUUUGCUACUGUCAAUAAACGGAAAACUCAACUGA